UGGGAGAGAGAGAGAGAGGGAGAGAGAGGCAUCUACACUGUGCGACGCAGCGAUCGAUACGAGAGACUACACCGGAGUUACCCAACGUGCAGAGAGUAGACCCUUGUCCACAUCAGCUCGCCACCAUGGGGAUAUCACCGUCCAGCCUCCUGGAUGAAAGUAAAUCCAACUACAUAAGAGGUUGUGCGGAGGCAGAGCUGAAGGAGUUCAGUCCCCACUACAGGAGACAGUACUCUGUGGUCUUCUUCUCCCAAGUCCAGGAUGAGCUGGAGCAACAGAAAGAGAAAAUAAAACAGCUCCUCAAACAAAGGGGUCCUCCGAAGGCGGGGGAGGUGCUGUAUGAGGAACAGGUCCUCCAUUUUGAUUAUACCCGGAAGUGGAAGGAGAGAUACAUGGUGGUUCGCGCCAACUACUGCCUGGAGUGUCACGACAGCUUUGAGACCUUUGUGAAGGGCGUGCCCCCGCUCCACAAGCUGCUACCAACAGGGGGCACUGUGCUCACCACAGAGGAGAAGUACAUGGCCAUGGUGGACCAAUGCUUCCCUGUUUCUGAAACCAACAAUGUGAAGGAGGAGUUUGCCCCUCCUACAAUGGGCAUGCCUGGACAGUUCCCUGUGUACCUCAGGCUUCCGUACCGUAGAGAUUACUACUUCUGCUUCCGACAGGAGGCUCGUCAAGAUGCAUUCCUCUCCAUCCUCUCUGACUGCAUCCGUCACCAGAACCAAGACUUCCUAAAGAAGAAGACGGUGGAGGUGCAGGCCUUCCUCAAGGCGGUCCACCUCUACAGACAAGAGAAGGGCCGUUAUGACUCCUGGAACAUGCUGAUUGGCAGUGAUGUCAGGGUACUUGCCAACUUGGUUAUGGAGGAGCUGUUGCCGUCUCUGGAGAAGGAUAUGCUGCCUCAUCUGAAAGCCAAGAAGACAGAGAGGAAGAGAGUGUGGUUCGCUACAAUAGAAGCAGCUUAUAUCCUGGUGCAGGAGUGUCUGUUGGAAGGGCUGUCUGUUCUGAAGGAGGAGUGUAAGACGGCAGCUUGCCAGCAGGAGGUGCUGAUACGUUCUGAUAUGGACUUGAUCCUUCACUCUAGAACCUACCUGGAGGGAAAGCUUCGAGCCAGUGUAUCAGAGCCAGCAGAGAAGUUUUGUUCGGAGGGCGUGCAGCCCUACCUGGCCUCCAUACUGGAGGAGCUCAUGGGACCAAUCAGCUCAGGGUUCCAGGAGGCACGGCUCCUAAGUGACAACCAGAUGGACCAACUGUGUCAGAACUUCCAGGAGGGCGGCGUUACCGACAAACUCAAGCAGGCCCUGGCUAAGCUGAGUAAGCCCAACCUGUUGAGUUGUUACCAGAGGAUCAACUCUCUCCACGACCAGCUGCAUGACCUGCAGGAACGCUUUGGCUUCUCCAACAUCAGCAAUCUGGUCCACAGCACCCAGAUAGACCUGCAGCAGCUGAUUGAAAACGCAGCGUACUCGUUUGAGCUGCUACUCUACAAGGCCAAAGAAAACAGCACAGACAAUGUAGGCUCUGCCAUGGAGAAGUCCAGGCACAUGGUGCUCAAGCAAUAUGAUUACGACAGCAGCACAGUGAGGAAGAGGAUCUUUCAGGAGGCCUUGGUGGGGAUCACUCUACCUCACAUUAAGAAGAACCUGGCCCCAACCUGCAAAACAGAGCUGCAGGGUCUUGAACAGUUCAUUGAUGCAGACUAUUCCAACUUUGUCCACGUGGAGAAUAUAUUUGAGGGCAUUCUGCUGCAGAGUCUAGACAAGGAAGUCAGCAAAGUGGUGAAGGACGCAGUCAGCCUAAAGAAACACAACCUGUUCACAGACAGCAGGGACCCCCUGAGCCAGACCAGCCGCUCCAGUCUCCUCUCCAUCCCAUCCACCCCCAGCAGCCCAGCCAGGGUGCCGUUCUCCCCCACACAUCUCCAGACCUCUACCUUUAUCCAGACCCAGCCUGAGACCCAGCCACAGGCUGAGGUACCAGCACCAGCCCAGCCUGUCUCUCCUGACCUGAGCAACGGUCUGGCGUUCGUUGGGGUUGCACAGGGGGACCCCCCAAGUGCCGUGUUGAAGGCAGAGCAGAACAAGGUGGAGGCGGUGUCAGGGGACACAGUAGAGAAUGAGGCCCUGGGGACCAGUAUUGCACCUGCUGUUGCAGCUCCAGUGGAGAAGCUAGUCAAGGUGGAGAACACAGUCAGUACACAUGAGACACCUGUAGUGGCUGAGACAAAAACGGAGGACAUGUCUGAACCAACUGAAACAGCUCAAGUGGAUACCCCUGUCCUAACUGAGACAGAGACAGAGAAAACACCCACCCCUGGAGAUGCUGUGGAGGUGGAGAAGACAGUAGUAACGGGCGUACUAACUACAGUAGCACAAAGCGAAGCCUCUUCCCCCAGUCCGGUCCCUGUCCCUGACCCUUCCCCUGUCCCUGUUUGUGUUGUCAAGCCUGUAGCUGUCAUUGACCCUAUAGCUGUUGAAGAUUCAGUAGCAGAGCACAUGGCUUCACUCACAAUCCCCACUACUGAGACAGAGGCUGAGAGUGAAAGCGGUCCUCCUAACAGUGACCCAGUAGCGGCCUCUAGUGGUGAGCAGCCUGUAACUGCACCACCAGCAGACGCCAGCCUUGCUGCAGCAGCAGAGACCAAGGAUGUGCCAGCCUCAUCCUCCGCUCUCCCAGAUGAUGGGGAUGAUACAGAGAGCGAGUCUGCCCCCUCAGACAUCGAGAUCCCUGGUGAUGAUGAUGUCACGAGAGCAGCAGCCCCCACUGAUGAGGUCAAAGUGUCACAGAGCAACGGAGUGGAGUGUAGCAUUUCUGUGACCUCUAACCUUGCAGUAGAGGUCAGCGUGAGUGAAACACCAGUCGGUAUCGCCACCAAGCCCCCUGUAGAAGUAUCAGAGGAUAAGCCCGUUCCCCCUAGCGAGCCCCCGGUCUCUGAAGCAACAGGAGGCGUUAACGGAGAAGCUAGCGUUGAAGUCACUGCUGGUGCUUAUUCCAUCGUAGCAUCAGCAGCCAAUUUGAAUGUAGUCCCUCCACAGCCCCAGCCAGACUCCCAGGCCACCCUCGCUGCUGAACCCACCAAAGAAGCCCUCCAGGCUGUGGAGCCCGCUGAGCCUGCUCCCCGGGCCGUGGACUGUGUGAAAGAGAUCCGGGACCUGGUGGUGGCGGUGUUUGAAGUGGAGGAAGAUGGUCCAGCGCUACCCAGGUAGUGAUAACAUAUGAGGGAGGGGUGGCCAGUGAGGUGCCUGAUAUCACACAGAGAAUAAAUGAAGACAAGGACCCCAUUCUUUAAAUCACUGCAAUUGUGAGGAGUAUGAAAACGUUAUGGACUAUAACCUCGCUGUUGUCGAACCCAAACACUACACGGACUGAGGUUACACUCGCCAUCAAGUACAAACACUACACGGACUGAGGUUACCCUCGCCAUCAACUACAAACACUACACGGACUGAGGUUACCCUCGCCAUCAACUACAAACACUACACGGACUGAGGUUACCCUCGCCAUCAACUACAAACACUACACGGACUGAGGUUACCCUCGCCAUCAAGUACAAACACUACACGGACUGAGGUUACCCUCGCCAUCAACUACAAACACUACACGGACUGAGGUUACCCUCGCCAUCAAGUACAAACACUACACGGACUGAGGUUACCCUCGCCAUCAAGUACAAACACUACACGGACUGAGGUUACCCUCGCCAUCAACUACAAACACUACACGGACUGAGGUUACCCUCGCCAUCAAGUACAAACACUACACGGACUGAGGUUACCCUCGCCAUCAACUACAAACACUACACGGACUGAGGUUACCCUCGCCAUCAAGUACAAACACUACACGGACUGAGGUUACCCUCGCCAUCAACUACAAACACUACACGGACUGAGGUUACCCUCGCCAUCAAGUACAAACACUACACGGACUGAGGUUACCCUCGCCAUCAAGUACAAACACUACACGGACUGAGGUUACCCUCGCCAUCAACUACAAACACUACACGGACUGAGGUUACCCUCGCCAUCAACUACAAACACUACACGGACUGAGGUUACCCUCGCCAUCAAGUACAAACACUACACGGACUGAGGUUACCCUCGCCAUCAACUACAAACACUACACGGACUGAGGUUACCCUCGCCAUCAACUACAAACACUACACGGACUGAGGUUACCCUCGCCAUCAACUACAAACACUACACGGACUGAGGUUACCCUCGCCAUCAAGUACAAACACUACACGGACUGAGGUUACCCUCGCCAUCAACUACAAACACUACACGGACUGAGGUUACCCUCGCCAUCAACUACAAACACUACACGGACUGAGGUUACCCUCGCCAUCAACUACAAACACUACACGGACUGAGGUUACCCUCGCCAUCAAGUACAAACAACUGUUACACAAGCAUAAAACUGCACGCUUCCAUAAAAUUGCAGAUUGGUAAAAUAUGAACAUAUACAAUUGUGUUUGUGAGAAGAUUAAUGUAGUGAGAUAUGGGCAUAAAUAUAAUAUCAAGUUAGGGACCAAGAAAAAGCCAAUUAAUUUGGUACACAUCAAAUUGACUAUUGCAAUUGUGUGUAACUAUCUCCACUUGUCAUUGUGUGUUUAAAAAAAUAAAUAUAUUCUAUGUCCCUACAUAUGAAUAUGCAUAGAUUCUAGAUGAUUCAGACAGCGUUUGUGUUACAUUUUAAAAUCAACAGCACUGCCAUAUAUUGAAUGGGUCUGAGUAGCAAUGGGAGGGUUCCACAUAUGGAGGAAGAGAAGUUCUAUUCUGUGUGCUUUGACUUGCUGAAGGAUUUUUCUCAUCAGUUCAUAUAGAGGGUUAUGCAUGCUCAUACUCAAUCACCAGCUAGUCCACCAAGUACCAGUAACAUACCACUAGAUGAGCUUCUACGGUUCUUUCCUAGUGUCUACUGCCUUGUUUCCAUGAAGAAUGAUUACCACCUAUUUCCAAUAGACGUGGUUGCUAUGGAGACUGGUCCAGUGACUUUAUUCCUGAAUGACUAAUAGCCGUGUUGAAACAGCGCCUGUGCUUUCAUACAUGACAUGUUACACAGUCAUUUUGUGAAGGGGCUAUGCGGAUUUGUCUAUGUAUAUUCAAGUCUGAAAAAUAUACUGUAAAAUGAAGUAUGAAGUCUACAAAAAUAAGACAGCCGUCCAUUGCUUGUGUGUUGGGAAAAUACAUCAAAUAACCCUUUUAUUUGACUUUAAAACAAAUACAACACA